AUGGAUUUUCACCCUUUCUGCUUCCAUCACCCCUUCUAUACAGUCCAAAUAGUCAAAUAGUGUGACAGAACCCAUUCCAGCCCCUUGAGUGUCGGCGCAAGGUUCUUCCCCGUAGGAUGCCCAAAGGAAAGGAUUUGGCGGGGACGAGCAGCUCGGAGAGCGACCAGAAGGAAAAGGAUGAGGAGGGAAAGAAAAGAAAGAAAGAAGCGGCUUCGAAGGCAGAGAAAAAGCUGAAAACAGAGGCUAAGUCUUCAAAGGUGCCAGAAGAAGCAAUGGGACAAGGUGGUGAGGAGGGGACCAUGUUCCAGAUUGGGAGCACACGCUAUGUCAGAGUGUCCUGCUUCAAGGGGAAGGUCCUCGUGGACAUCAGGGAGUUCUACGCUGACAAGGAUGGAGACAUGAAGCCAGGGAGGAAAGGGAUUGCCCUGUCUGCAGAACAGUGGAACCAGCUGAAGGAGAUCAUUCCCGAGGUCGAUGCUGCAGUGAAGAAGUUCUAACAUGAAGAAUCUUGGACACCUUCAAUAUCUUUCCCUUAAGUGCACUGAGAAGUAUAAAGCCAAGGAUUCCCACCUGGAGCCUUCCCCUCACCUCAAUGGGUUCCUCCCCAGUGUGGUGAGGAAAGACAUGCUGAAAACACUCUUCUGUUUCCAAGGAGUAGCUUGUGAUGAGCACUGGGAACCAGCACCAGUGCUUGAAGUGAGACUUGAGCACAUCUGGUCUCAAGCAGACCUGAGAUCUGUGCUGGUGAGAGACAUGAUGGAUGGCUUCAGCCUUGUGAGAUGCUUUACCUGGAACUGUCUUCCACUGGGUUGAGUGUUGAGUAAGAUGGGUUGUACACCUCACGUUGACAUCCUCUGUGUUUCCUCCACGUGUCAUUCAGCCUUUCUGUGUGAAGAAAGGGAUUAGUGUGCUUUAGCAACUGGUUUGGCUGUAGAGGGUGAAUGUACACACAAUAAAGGUGCUUGCAUUAUCAAAAGGC